AUCGUUUCACAUUUACGAUUAGCCGAUUCAAUAGAAAAUUGCGUUUUUAAAGUUUUUUUUUUAACCGGUUAUUGCUUAUCACGUUUUUUAAUAAGCAACUACAAUAACAGAAGAUUAAACAUUAUAUAUAUUAUAUACAAUAUAUUGCAUUGUUACAAACGAUAUUGAAAGGCUAUCGAUAUUUUCCAUCCCUGGCUUUGCAACGCGUGGCGGUGAAACGUGUAAAAUUUUUGUUACAAAUUUUGCAACAAAUUCGCCAAAUUAACCGCAAAAACAAAUUGUUUUUUGUCAGGAGCUCAAUUGUCAGCUGUAUAUGUGUGCACACAGACGUUGAACAGGACUGGAAAAGCUGUCGCAGCCUGUGAAGAGGAUUGUUAAGACACAACACUCACUCACACACACACACACACACAAACACACAUAUAGAAUUUCGUGUUGUGCUGCCAGACAGUAAAGUGCAGGAACAAAAAGCAAAAGCAGCGCCGUACAAGUUGGCUACGACGUUGAAACAAUAACAAAUUAAUCACAAAUCAAAAGGCUGGGCUGUCUUCUCAUCAACUUCACCCACCCCUCCUUAAUGCAAAUACUGCUCAGUGGCAACAAUAACGACAAAAGUCAAACGCGUGUUUGUGUGAGUGCAGCAGCAGAAGCAGGGCGAAAGUGUGUCGUCGUCGACGUCGCAGUGCGUGCGUGAGUGUGUGUGCGUGUGUGCCGAGCAGAGGCGCAAAGGCGAAAAGUGAAAAUUUCCAUUGAAAAUUAACUCGAAAAGUAAUUUGUACGCAACAACAGUAGCAGUAAUGGCCGCUCAGGAAAAUACGGAAGUUACAACAAAAUUCUCAACUCUCAAUGUGAAUGCAGUGGAAUUUGUGCCCAGCUUUAAUUACAGCAGCGCUGCCAGCGCAGCGGCUGUUGCAGCAGCCGCAGCGCAAGCGCCGCCGUCCACAGAACAACCGGAGCAGGCAACGCCAGUUGAUAAUGCUGUUGCGCCUGGAACUGGUUCCGUGCCGGCAUCUGGUAGUGCCACACCUGCAACAACGCCCGAUUCCACGGGCAGUGCCGGUUCCACAAAUGCCCUAAAUGCCGGCGGCGGCGGUGGCGGUGGCGGCGGAACGGGUGCAGCAACGGGCGUGGGCACGGGCACGGGAACAACGGCAGCGCCAUCAUCGGCGGCCGCAUCAAAUUCGGCAUCGCCAGCGCCAGGCUCGCCGGUUACCACGCCUUCACCAGCGACAGCGGCGCCAAUUGAACAGCUAAAUGCGGCGGACAAAAUAACAGCAAACAAUGAAACCGAUCCUGCUGAUAGCUGGGACGUGGAGGAUGAUGCCAUCAUAACGCCCGAGGAUGAGGAAGCCGAAGACGAAUUUGUGGAGGGCGAAGCCACGCCGAAGGUCUCAAAGAAAAAGAUUGUCAAGGUGGAGGAGAACAGAAGCAAGCGCGAGCACGUCAACGUCGUGUUCAUCGGACAUGUUGAUGCUGGUAAAUCAACAAUUGGCGGCCAGAUCAUGUCGCUGACGGGCAUGGUGGACAAGCGCACGCUGGAGAAAUAUGAGCGUGAGGCGCGCGAGAAGUCGCGCGAGAGCUGGUAUUUGUCGUGGGCGCUGGACACAAACCAGGAGGAGCGCGACAAGGGCAAAACUGUGGAGGUGGGACGCGCCUUUUUCGAAACGGAUCGCAAGCAUUUCACCAUACUGGACGCGCCGGGACACAAGAGUUUUGUGCCGAACAUGAUUGGCGGCGCAGCGCAGGCGGAUCUCGCUGUGCUCGUCAUUUCGGCGCGAAAGGGUGAAUUCGAGACGGGCUUCGAUCGUGGCGGCCAGACGCGAGAGCACGCCAUGCUGGCCAAGACGGCGGGCGUUAAGCACCUGGUCGUGCUGGUCAAUAAAAUGGACGAUCCGACUGUGAAUUGGGAUCAGGGACGUUACAACGAAUGCAAAGACAAGAUACUACCAUACCUCAAGAAGCUGGGCUUCAAUCCAGCCAAGGAUCUUACCUUUAUGCCUUGCUCGGGCCUCAGCGGCUAUGGCCUCAAGGAUCAAGUACCCGAGUCGCUGUGCCCCUGGUACCGAGGGCCCGCCUUUAUACCCUUCAUCGAUGAGCUGCCCUCACUGAAUCGCAAUCAGGAUGGACCCUUCAUCAUGCCCAUUGUGGACAAAUACAAGGACAUGGGCACCGUUGUCAUGGGCAAAGUGGAGUCCGGCUGCGCGCGCAAAGGUCAAAAUCUGCUCGUGAUGCCAAAUCGGACGCAAGUGGCCGUGGAUCAACUGUUCUCCGACGACUACGAGGUUACCUCUGUGGGUCCCGGCGAGAACGUCAAGAUUAAACUGAAAGGCAUCGAGGAGGAGGAUGUGUCGCCUGGUUUUGUGCUCUGUGAUGCCGCCAAUCCAAUUAAAACGGGCAAAAUCUUUGAUGCUCAGGUCGUUAUAUUGGAACACAAAUCAAUUAUCUGUGCGGGCUAUUCGGCCGUCAUGCACAUACACUGCGCCGCCGAGGAGGUGACGGUGAAGGCACUCAUCUGUUUGGUGGACAAGAAGAGUGGCGAGAAAUCAAAAACACGUCCAAGAUUCGUUAAACAGGAUCAGGUCGCAAUAAUGCGCAUCGAAUGCUACGGCAUGAUUUGCCUUGAACAGUUCAAGCUAUUCCCACAAAUGGGACGCUUCACGCUGCGAGAUGAAAAUAAAACCAUUGCCAUUGGCAAGGUACUCAAGGUGAUCGAAUAAAUUGAGCCUAGCUGAAUUCGAGCGCCCGCCUUUUACACUGCGGCUUUAUAGCAAACCAAGCACCCCUUCAAAGUAUGCCAGACGAGACGAUAAUUAUGAGAAAUUUGCCAAUGCCAACGCCAACGCCACGCUUUCUACACACACACACACACUUACACACACACUCACUCACACACACAUUUAAGAUUUUAGUUUCUCCACAAUUAUUAUGUAUAUGCAUAGAGCAACUGCAAUAGCGUUUGAUAAUGUUUAGAGAGAAGAUUUAUAGCAAGUAUCUAAAAAAGAAUGAAUGAAAAUAGGAGAAACAGUUUGGCAAAGACACAGAUUUCACGAGAGAGAGAGAAAGCAAAAGAGAGCAAGAGAAAUGCAUUAUAUAUAUAUAUAUAAAUAUAAACUAUAUUAUGUAUAACUAAAGCAUGAGCAUGUACUAUUUAUAUAUAUGUACAUACAUACACACACACACACAAACACACACACACACACACACACAACACGUACGUAUAUAUUCGAGAUAUUGUCCGGGUUAUGAUUACGUUUAAAAUUGGCAAAAGAAAACUCAAGCAGAAUGAAAAGCAGCAGACGUCGAUUUAUUAGUUGUAAACAUUUAAGCAUCAUUAUAUAGUGCGAGAGUCGUGAAUUUUUUAAACAAACUACAAAGCUGCAAGCUGAACAAUUUUUAUAUUUAUACAAAACAAAACAAACAAAAAAAAAAAAAAACGAAAAACAAAAACAACAAACACAAAUGAUAAGCGAUAAAUAAUUGCCAAUUCCUCAAAUAUGUUUUGCUUCUCUGCCUUUGAAAUAUGUUAUGCGCCGCCUAAACGGAAAAUUAUGUUUGUCAUUUUCUGUAAUAUUACGAACUACUUUUAUCAAUUUUGUUUCAACGAAAUGCUUUAAAUUUAAGUUUAAGCUCAAAAUGAUGCAACGGAUGCGUGUGCGAGAGAGAGAGGGAGGGAUAGAGAGAAUCAUUUUAUUUGUUUACUUAACUAUUGUUAAUAUAAAUGCUAAAAAUGAUGAGAAUUUCACUUGCUACUAAAAACAAAUUGAUUUUUUAUAUAUUUUGUUUAACUACUUAGUUAAUUGAAGGCAACGCAAAUCAAACACGAAACGAAAUAAACUAAAAAUGCCUUUUGUUUCCCAAAAUCCAAAAACCAAAAUCGAUUUGUAUUUUGUUUUAGUUAUACAAAAAGUCUGGAUAAUUUUUGAACAAGACGGUUUCAGCGCCACAAAAAUCAAGAGCUCUCUUAUCUCCGAACGACUAAAUGGCUUUUUUUUGUUUCAAAAUUGUUUAAACCCUUCUAAAAAAUUGUAUCUUAAGCUCACGAAAACAAGAAAAAAGUAACACUUGUGUAUCUAAUUUAAUGGAAAGGUUCAUUUGAAAGUUGAAUUGAAAUGUUGUUACCAUUUACACAAGACUUGCAUAACGAACGAAAAUAAUACAUAACUAAGUUAAAUAAGUUCGCCCAUAUUUGAGUUAAUUCAAUUAACUUGAAAUGUAUUUGAAAAGCAAGCGUAUAUUAAAUGAAAGAAAACAAAAAAA